AUGUCGCAAGCCACUCGGCGACGGUCGCCGCAGAACGCAUUCGCUCCCGCUUUCCGCACCCCACUUUCAGUGCUGCCACUCGUGCGGUUCCGCUCGAUGCUCGCCGUUUCCCCUGCUUCGCUCCGUUUCGGCGCAAAAGGGAGGGAGCAGCGGAUUAGCGCAAGGCGCGGACGGGAGGUAGCAGCGUAUUUGGCAAGGGGUGGACCGGAGCAAGGAGCAAUUUCGCGCGCGGCAGGGACUGGAGUGAAGAGCGACGGGGAGGGAGAGGGCACGAGGGGGACGGAAGGAGCCGCUUCCUGCGACCCCGUCGCCCUCGCCUUCCCCCUCCCGUCGCCCUCGCCUUCCCCCUCCCGUCGCCCUCCCCUUCCCCCUCCCGUCGCCCUCCCCUUCCCCCUCCCGUUGUCCUCCCCUUCUCCCUCCCGUCGCUCUCCCCUUCUCCCUCCCGUCGCUCUCCCCUUCCCCCUCCCGUCGCCCUCCCCUUCCCCCUCCCGUCGCCUUCGCCUUCACCCUCCCGUAGCCCUCGUUUUCCCUCCCCAUCACUCGCCCCGUCGACCUCUCCUCUCCCACCUGCCGCUGCAUCCACGUCGUUCUCAUUCCCGCUGCUGA